UCCAUUUUUUCUUUUUUCCUUUUUUGUAAGUAACAAAUUUCCAUUUUCUUGUCCUUAGAAGCAUCUCCCAAGCCUUCUUCUGCGUUGUCUCAUAAAUUCAUAAUCAUUCACCCAACACAAGUUCUUUUCAAUUCUUAGCUGAAUUCUGAGGAGUCCAUCGAUUUCAAAUCAACAUGUCUACGAAUCAAGACAACCAUACGCCGAAACAAGAUGUGGGGUCCCCGCCAGCUGAGCCCACGGCACCUCCGGUGCCUGACGUGGAGAACCAGACUCCCGGGACGACGUACGGGGUCUCGGACAUCAUACGGAGAUGGAAGAGAGAGGAUUUCAUAAAUAGAGGCUCAUUGGGCUUGAGGGGAUUGGAUUUGCUAUUUUCUUUGCUGGCUUUUAUCAUUAUGGCCAGUAACAAACACGGCGAUUGGAAGGAUUUUGAUAAAUAUGAAGAAUACAGAUAUGUGUUGGCAAUAGCAAUUCUGUCAACCUUGUACGCCGUCGGGCAAGCGUUGCGACAAGUUCAUGAACUUUGGACCGGAAACCGUUUGCUUCAACAGCGUACCUCUUCCUUGCUCGACUUCUUUGGAGAUCAGAUUAUGGCGUACCUCUUGAUAUCAGCAGCGUCUUCUGCAGUUCCCAUGACAAAUCGCAUGAGAGAGAGAACAGACAACAUAUUUACAGACGCUUCAGCAGCAGCCAUCAGCAUGACUUUCCUUGCAUUCUUGGCGCUGGCAUUGUCAGCCAUGAUUUCGGGAUACAAACUAUCAGCUCAACCUUAUAUUUGAGAUCGAUGCCUUUUCUUAAUUUUGCCAUCGAUCGAUGAUUCUUUAUGUAAUAUUUGUUCAUCUUCUUGUUACUUCAGGAUGUUGUAUGUAAAUUUAUACAUGAGAUUUCACAAUGUAUAUGAAUUACAUUUGGUGGGAACUUUCCUUCUUCUAAUAAGAAAUAUUCUUUUGGUUGUGUU